AUGACGUUGAGCGCAUCAUUGCUGCUAUCGUCACGCCACUACACCCACGAGCUCGCCAGAACGUGGCAAACCUGGAUCAGACGGCCGCUGAGCUCUUUGCAUCCCUGGCAGACUCACGUGCGCACUUCGGUGUAUGGCACCCAGCACGAGCCCGCAGUGUGGGGCUCGCGAACUCGAAUUCUGCUGAACAGCUACAGCAACGGCAGCCCGCUGUGCGCCAGGGAUGACGAGUCUGACCGCGUCGUGCGAGAAUGGGGCGUUGCGAAUCGGCAGGGCCACCGGGGCCACAUUCUGCGUGCCGAUCCUGGCGCCCAAAAGCAGAGCGCCGCAUCGGCCUCGGCGAGGACUACAUGGGUCGCCCCGUGCACCAUGGUGGAGAACUCCGCCGGUGACGUGCAGAACGCCUCCGCUGGUGCAGAUGGUGUGCUGCAACUGCUGAGGCUGCGCUUGGCCCACCUUCGUGAGAACAGGGGCGAUGUGGAUACAGCCACUCUGCACUGCACGUUUGAGCUCGGGAAUAGGUUGCGAGAGCGUUCCUUAUAUGAGGAAGCUGAGACACUCUCGAGGGAAGGCCUGGCGGGAUGCUGCGCCCAGCUUGGAAAUGGUGCGGCGUUGGCAUGCAUCGACGGCCUGGCCUCGCUGCUUCAGAUUCAGGGGCGAUUGGAGGAGGCGGAGCCCUUUUUCCACGAGGCCUUGCAUGGAUGCCGUGCCAGACUUGGUGAUGGUCAUCCUGCCACCCUCACCAGCAUCAACAACCUCGCAGGGCUGCUCCGGGCCAGACGGCAACUGGAAGAGGCGGAGCCCUUGUACCGCGAGUCCUUGAACGGCCGCCGUGCCAAGCUGGGUGCUGACCACCCUCACACCCUCACCAGCAUCAACAACCUCGCUGCACUGCUUGGGGACAGAGGGCGAAUGGAAGAGGCGGAACCCAUGUACCGGGAGGCCACGCGCGGCCGCCGUGCCAGACUGGGUGAUGACACCCUGACACCCUCAGCAGCAUCUUCAACUUGGCAGACUUGCUGA